GCGACCCACCAGCCUCCUGGAGCUCACAGCACCGUUCAGGAGAACCUCGGGACAAUAAAAGGAGGCGCCGGACUUUCUCACGGACAAGACGCGAUCACAUCGGCGAUACUGAAUUUUGGCCUUCCAGAGAAAAUUCGGAUUGUUCUUUUAUCCUUCCGUCACUGUUUAUUUGAGAUUUCAACCCUUACUGAGAGAGAUGGAGGAGCAUUUCGACGAGAGAGACAAAGUUAAACGGAACAGACGCGGCGUGGCACGGGCGAACGGUCUCCCAAGUCCGACACACAGUGCGCACUGUAGCCUGUACCGGACGCGGACCCUGAAAACGCUGAGCACGGAGAAGAGGGCGAAAAAGGUGCGCUUCUACCGAAACGGCGAUCGGUAUUUCAACGGGAUCGUGUACGCUAUCUCCACGGACAGAUUCAGGUCCUUCGACGCUCUGUUGGCCGACCUCACACGCUCUCUCUCCGAUAACGUUAACCUGCCCCAAGGAGUCCGGAUCAUCUACGCGAUUGAUGGCUCAAAGAAAAUCACCAGUAUCGACCAGUUGACGGAGGGUGAGAGUUAUGUAUGUGGCUCCAUCGAAGCCUUCAAAAAGCUUGACUACACCAAGAACGUCAACCCCAACUGGUGUGUGAAUGUGAAGGCGUCGGUGUGCCCCAGGUUCCCACCCUUGCUCUCCAGCUCUAAACCGGGGUUCCAUGACGGCAGGGAGAGCAGGGACUUCGUCCGGCCCAAGCUGGUCACCAUCGUCCGUAGUGGGGUGAGGCCCCGUAAGGCCAUCCGUGUCCUGCUCAACAAGAAGACAGCCCACUCAUUUGAGCAGGUCCUGGCCGACAUCACAGAUGCAAUCAAGCUUGACUCUGGCAUUGUGAAGAGGAUCUACACACUGGAUGGAAAACAGGUAACAUGCCUCCAAGACUUCUUUGGCGACGAAGACAUCUUCAUCGCGUGCGGACCCGAGAAGUUCCGUUACCAGGACGACUUCCUGCUGGACGCAAGUGAAUGCAGGCUGAUGAAAGCGUCCUCCUAUGGGAAGAGUCUUCUGAGCAGAGGGUCUCCUAGGAGCGUGACACUGGCCAGGCACAGCAAGUCUCCCUCCGGAUCAGUCAAUGGUACUCCAGGCAGCCAGCUGUCCACGCCCCACUCCAUGAAGUCACCGAACUCCCCUACCAGUCCAGAGAGCCUCAAGAAGCGCAAGGGCUCAGAGCAGGGCGGCUCCUCCGUCUCCCUGGCCUCCACCAAGCUGUGCAGCCUGGACGAGGGCGAUGGGCCUGCCUCUGAAGCUGAGCCCGUGGAGGAGAACGCCGCCCCCACAGUGCCGGCUUCCAUCUCCGACCGCUACACGGUGGGCCGUAUGAUCGGCGACGGCAACUUUGCGGUGGUGCACGAGUGCGUGGAGCGUUCCACGGGCCGGGCAUACGCCCUCAAGAUCAUCAACAAGGGCAAGUGCCGAGGGAAGGAACAGAUGAUCCAGAACGAGGUGGCCAUCCUGCGGAGGGUCAAGCACCCCAACAUUGUCCUGCUGAUCGAGGAGAUGGACACCUACAGCGAGCUUUACCUGGUCAUGGAGCUAGUCAAGGGGGGCGACCUCUUUGACGCUAUUACCUCUGCUACCAGAUACACUGAGCGGGAUGCCAGUGGCAUGCUCUAUAACCUGGCCAACGCCAUUAAAUAUCUACACAGCCUUAACAUCGUCCACAGAGACAUUAAGCCAGAGAACCUUUUGGUGUAUGAGCACCAGGACGGAAGCAAGUCACUAAAGCUCGGAGACUUUGGCUUGGCAACAGUGGUAGACGGACCUCUAUACACUGUCUGUGGAACGCCCACAUAUGUAGCACCUGAAAUCAUUGCAGAGACUGGAUAUGGCCUUAAAGUGGAUAUUUGGGCAGCUGGAGUCAUUACGUACAUUCUAUUAUGUGGAUUCCCGCCUUUCCGUGGGAGCACAGAUGAUCAGGAGGCUCUGUUUGACCAGAUUUUGCUGGGUCAGUUAGAAUUUCCUCUCCCAUACUGGGACAAUGUGUCAGACACGGCAAAGGAGCUGAUCACGUCCAUGCUGCAGAUGGAAGCGGAUCAGCGAUACACAGCUCUUCAGGUCCUUGAACAUCCUUGGGUGACUGACGAUGGCCUGCCAGAGAAUGAGCACCAGCUGUCAGUGGCAGGAAAGAUCAAGAAGCACUUCAACACUGGCCUCAAGCCCGGCUGCACCACGCCAGGAGUGGAUGUGAUCACGACCACCACUCUUGAUAAGGCGGGGCAGAUUCUCAGACGAGGAUGCCACCAGGAUGUGAGCGCGCUGCUGCCCACUGCCCAGCCGUCCUGUAGCCUCCCUGCCCCGCUCCUGGUCCCCCGCCACUGCCCCGAACUACAGCUGUGCUCCCUGCCUACUGGCCCCGCCCCCGGCAAUGACCCCUCCCCUAUCUCGGCCACCUCCACACCUGAGUCCGAAGACUUUUCCGCCUGCUCCACUGAGACUGUCCGCUCCGCGAGCUCCGCCUUCUAGAGCCGGAGCAAGCGGGAAGCGUGCCGAAGGAGAAAGGAAGGGUUUAUGAGGAUUCGGAAUGCGGAAGAGUGCAACCAAGCUGCUCCGUGGUAGGAGCGAUGGUGCGGGUGUUGUCCCCCCAGCUGGGGAAAGUGAACAGAGUUUGUCAAGCCUGGUGGGGGGGUUUGAAUUACUUCACCUCGUUAUCUUAGUUUUCUUAUUUAUUUAAUUAUCUACACAUGAUGUAUAUGUUUUUUUUGUUUUGUUUUUUUUUUAAAAACUGAAGACAGGUUCUUGUUGCUCGGGCAACGGUAGCCUGAGGCUUAUCCAUGGCGAUGCCAGCAUCUCUGCUGCUCUCGGGAAUACAGCAGCUAACUGGCUCUGGCAGUUAUCUGAUUAUCGAUUAGGCAGUUGUUGUCGUUUAGUGAUUGCUCAGGCAAUCAGUGGCUGAGCCGCUGAGCAUGAUUGGGCAGAGGCGUGUCACCUGACCACAGCUCAUCGGAAACACAGCCAGUGCUGCGUUGAAACACGGUGAUCCUACCUUCCUCUUCCUCUUCAUCAUUUCAGUGGUAAACCCUCUCUCCAAACUUUGUUCUGCACCUGAAGGCGCUAUGUGACACAGAGAGCAUGCUCGCACACAAGAUGGGGACCUGUUUUUUGUAACUGGUGUAAAUAAUAUGAUUUCAAUUAUUUUGAUAUUGACAAUAUAUUUCUUUAACUAGAGAAUAUAGCAAUUACAUAUUUCAUUGUUUCACUGUACGUAAGUAUGUCAAGCAUAAGCACAACGGCAACAUCUCUUUCCUUUGAAGAGGUUGAAUUGAAUAUACAGUGUGUCACUGGUUCUCUGCAUAAAAUACUGCAAUGUGCAGAGGAGAAGCAGAGUUGAUGUGCAGUAGCGUUCACAUCACUGUCCACUCACACUGCAUAGGAUAGAGGUUCGGUAACUAACACAGCACCCUCACAGCAUUACCGUUUAGUCCAGUAACCACAUAUUUAAAAACCUGUAGCACAAGUUUUAUUUUUUUGAUUGACUAAAACCUCCAAGGCUUUGGGAUACUAGAAGUGGCUGCUGUGUACUAUAGAUGAAAGGAACUGCGACUCAGAGAGAAAGACAAAGAAAUCAAUGAACCCACAAAUGUUUAUAUUCCAGUAUAUAACCUGCAUUUACAUUGAAACUGACAGUGUACUAGCUUUAAGGACUCAGCCUAAUGACUUCUGCUUGUUCAACGUACUGGAAAAGAACACUAAUGAACCACAUGUUGUGCACUUCCACAGAUGUCACCAGACCAAUUCCACUUGUAUGUACAUGAUUUGUACCAGUAUUGCCAGAUGUGAUGGAUAUUACCCGAAACGACGGCAAGCUGUGCCUAGUUAGGGCUCACUGUCACACUGAAGCCAAUAAAAUACUUGUGAAAUUGUGGUUUUACAUGUUCAUUUUUUUGCAUUUGCAAUAAAUCGCAUUAUUACUUUCCA